AUGCCUCUGCCCCCCCGAAGCCGCUCCUCCUUCCUGGCCCCGCCGUCCUCCGAGCGGCCGGCGCCGUCCUCCUGCGGCCGCGUUGGUCCGACCUCCCGCGGUGUCUUUGUGGGCUCCGCCCCCCCUACGGGGGGGGGCUACAGCCUUGGGACCCGGGUCUCCCGGCGGGCUCUGGGCAUCAGCAGCGUCUUCCUGCAGGGGAUGAGGAGCAGCGCGGCGCCCGUGGUGACGCGGCCGGCCGGCGCGGCGGUGGCCGGCGGCCUGAACAUGUGUCUGAUGGAGUACAGGCACAAAGUGAGAGCCUUGGAGCACUUGAACCAACAGCUGGAGGAACACAUCCGACUGAGCCUGGACCGCAAGGCGUCCCGAGCCGGGGCCUGGGGGCCUCUGAGGAGGGAGUGGGAGGACGUCUACCGACAGGUCAGUGAAGCGAUCCUGGACAACGCUCGACUGAUGCUGCAGACGGAGAACGUUCAGGCCAACGCUGAGGACUUCAAGGAAAGGUUUGAGAAUGAGCUGCCCUUCAGGAAGGCAGUGGAAGAGGAGAUCAGCUCUCUGUACAAAGUGAUCGAUGACGCCAACCUGACGAAGGCGGAGCUGGAGGAGCAGAUGGAGAACAUGAGAGCUGAUCUAAGGAACCUGGAGCAGAACCACGAGCAGGACGUGCGAGUCCUCUACAGUCAGAUGGCAGGAGUUGAAGUGGACAAAUCCGAUGCUUCCAUAGAAACCAGUCUGGACCAGAUCCUGGCCUACAUCAGGAGCCACUGGGAGAAGGUGAUGGAGAGGAAUCGAGCGGAGACGGACAGCUACCUGGAGUGUAAGGAGAUGCAGUGUGUUAGUAGCAGACUGAGUCCAGAGGAGGAGCAGGUGGAGACGCUGAAGGCCGAAUGUCACGAUACCGGCUGCAAGAUCCAGAGUCUGCAGGCCGAGACAGAGUCCAUCAGAGCGCUGAGACGCGGUCUGGAGAACUCUCUGGGCGAUGCCCGGCGCUGGCACGAGAUGGAGCAACAGAACCUGGGCUCGCUGGUGGCCAAGCUUGAGGCGGAGCUCUCCGAUGUGCACGGCGAGAUUGAGGAGCAACGGCGCGACUACGACACGUUGCUGAGCAACAAGCAGCGCCUGGAGCAGGAAAUUGGCAUGUACCACGGCAUCCUGGACGGGGAGGAGAGCCGCUUCCAUACCGCAGAUCUGCAAUGUCCAAGUCAACAUUCAGAGCCUGAGGGGGCAACCGGUGGUUCUGCUCCUCCAGGCCCUCAAUGAACCCCUUGACCACCUAGACCUUCUGAACCUCCAGGACCCCUUGGACCACCAAAACCCACUUGACAUCAAGGUUCUAUUGGACCUCCUGGACCUACUCAACCUCCUGAGCUCCAUGAUAUCAAGGAACUUUAAGUACCACUUGGAGCUCCAGCACUUUCUGGGCCACCUGGAUCUUCUGGACCUCCAGGCCCUCAAUGACCUCCGGGACCCCCUGGAUGUCCAAGACCUCCUGGACCUCAUGGUCCUCUUUGACGUCUUGGACAUCCAGGACUGGUGAUCCCAGGGGAGGAUCUGAGGAGUAGUUUGAAUUGGAGGGUUUUCUGCCUGGUGCUGUGUGCAGGUGUGAGUGUGAAUGUGGUGUGAUUUCAGAAGAGGUCCUUAGGGUAAACUGGUUUCCACAACAUCCGAAGACCUAACCUGAAAUGGUCAAGGUUGUUGAGGACUACAUCUUAACAGAACCAGCAAACCCCGUUGGUCGCAUGGUAAACGAGAAAAUGCACCUUCACAGCUGUAAUGUCACAGCUUAGAUUCCACCUGUGUAAUGGUUAAAGACGCUAUUAAAGAGUUCAUAAAAUAUGAAUAUGUUUAGCUGUGAUAAUCAUGAAGCCAAAUCGGAAAAGCCUUCCUAGUAGCUUUGAACCGACUUUCACCACAUGCGCUGGGGACGAGAGGGCGGAGCAAUGCAUGUGUUGGGCAAUAACACCGGGAUUGGUGAUGAUGAGACAGGAUCUCCGGUAAGUAGUGUGGUUUGCUGAGGCAUGGAGGUUCUGGCCGGGUCUCAACCAGUCCCUAAGCUGAACGGUUUUCAUGACGUAUGGCGGUAUAACUGUCAAAUAUAAUUAUAGAUUUAUAAACUAUCGGGAGUGUCUCUAAGAAUGCUGUCGAGGACAGUCGGGUCCCUUUCAGGAUCUAUUCAAAUGAAUAGGUUUGUGAUUCCGGGUUUUGUUUCAGGUUAGCUUGUUAUAGAAUGAACUUUGAGUUCAUUUUAAUUAAACCAUCUAUUCAGAUUUAUUUUGACCACAAAACCCACCAUGUUAACAGGUGAGACACGUUGUCACAGGUGAGACAUGUUAUCAGGUGAAACGUGUUAUCACAGGUGAGACAUGUUAUCAGGUGAAACACGUUGUCACAGGUGAGACAUGUUAUCAGGUGAAAAGCGCUGUCACAGAUGAGACACGUUACACAGGUGAGACACGUUAG